UGGCUCGACGAUUACCUGAGCAUCGCUGACCAAUAUCAUCAUAUGCAAUGAAACACCAAGAAAUGCACUUACUAAAAGUCGAGAUGCAGUAUUGGUAAUGUGUGAGGGUAUAGAUAAAUAGCACCUUUUCUCGCUUGACCAUCAAUAUCGUCACACAAUUUCCAAGCAUCACAUCAUUCAGUAUCACACUAACAGCUCAUCAACAACAUGUCUUCUCCCAUCGUCCUCAUCUUCGGCGCCGGUGCCAAGGUCGGCAAAAGUGUCGCCCAAGCCUUUAGCGCAAAAGGCUACAGGCUCGCUCUGGCUUCCCGAUCGCAAGACCCAGCAACCUCAACCGACAAGGAGCUACAUAUCCCUACAGAUCUUAGCGACACAGACUCUGUCAUCCAGGCCUUUACCAAGGUCAGGAGCGAGUUCGGUCAUCCCCACGUCGUCAUUUACAACGCUUAUCAUGGCGGCCCCAACGACCCCAACGACAUUUUCGAAGUUCCCUUGGACAGCUUCAAGACAAGUGGAACAGUCAACAUUUUUAGCGCUUACGCCGCAGCUCAAGAAGCUGUAAAAGGUUGGAAAGACUUUCCCGCCAACAGCAGCCCGACGUACAUCUACACUGGAAACAUUGAGAAUGAGAUGCGUAUUCCAUCAAUCAUGUCGCUAGGUGUUGGAAAGGCUGCGGCUGCUUGGUUCAUUGAGGUCGCUGCUACUUCAUACAAGGACAAAGGCUUCAAGUUCUACUAUGCUGAUGAGAGAAAGGAGGAUGGCACGCCUAUGUAUAGUGGAGCAACUGCGGAAGGUCAUGCUCAGUUCUAUGUUGAGCUCGCUGAGGGUAAGGAGCAGCAGGUUUGGCAGCAGACAUUUGUCUCUGGGCAAGGCUACAAGAAGUUCUAAUUGGCCAUGUAUCGUAAAUAGAGAACUUGGCCUAUAGUUUCAGUUAAACACUCCUACUGCUACACGUUCAAUUAAUAAAAAGGCUCAUAGUUUCUCG